GCGCUUCCACCCCGUCGCGCCGUGGCCCCAGGAGGGGGGCGAACGACGCGGCGGCGGCGGCAUCGACGCCGAGCUCCGGCUUCCGCUCGGCAAACUCGAGCUGCUGCCCGAACGGGAUGCGGACAUCGCCGACGAUGAACGACGACGACGACGACUACAAAGCGGCCGUGGCCUCCGAGGAACGUCGCGUCACGUUCAAGCCCCAGGCGAGGUCGUCGCCGCUGCCCGAGCUGCGACCGGGUUCGCCGGGGAACCUGGAGCCGCGUGAGCGCGAGGCCCCCGGGGUGCCGGGGGGCCCCGGCGAGGCCUCGCGCGCCGUGGCCCCCCGCGACGAUGAGCGCGCCGCCGUGCGCGACUCGGUGCGCGAGUUCGGCUUCAACAUGGUGGCCAGCGACGCCAUCUCGCUCGACCGCAGCAUCGCAGACCUGCGGCACGACGAGUGCAAGUACUGGCACUACGACGAGGCGCUGCCGCCGGCGAGCGUGGUGAUCGUGUUCCACAACGAGGGCUGGUCCACGCUGCUGCGCACCGUGCACAGCGUGGUGAAGCGCACGCCGGCGCGCUACCUCGCACAGGUGCUGCUCGUCGACGACUUCAGCAGCAAGGAGCACCUGAAGGGGCGCCUGGACGACUACGUGGCGGCGCGCUGGAGCGGCCUCGUCUCCGUGGUGCGCAACGAGCGCCGCGAGGGACUCAUCCAGUCCCGCAGCAUCGGAGCGCGCAAGGCCACGCGCGGCCAGGUGUUGGUUUACCUGGACGCUCACUGCGAGGUCGGCAUCAACUGGUACCCGCCUCUCGCCGCCCCCAUCGCUCACGACAGGACGACCAGCACAGUCCCCCUCAUCGACUACAUCAAUGGGAUGGACUACACAAUGGAGCCGCAGCAGGGGGGUGAUGACGACGGCUUCGCACGUGGCGCCUGGGACUGGAGCCUCCUUUGGAAGCGGAUUCCGCUGAGCGAGCGCGAGAGGGCACGGCGAAAGCACAAGACAGAGCCAUACCGGUCUCCGGCGAUGGCCGGGGGUCUCUUCGCCAUCGAUCGGGACUUCUUCUUUGAGCUGGGACUCUACGACCCUGGGCUGCAGAUCUGGGGCGGCGAAAACUUCGAGAUUUCCUACAAGAUCUGGCAGUGCGGAGGAACGCUCCUCUUCGUGCCCUGUUCGCGCGUGGGCCACAUCUACCGCCUCGAGGGCUGGGCUGGAAACCCUCCGCCCCCCAGCGUGGGCCCAGCCCCCGCGCUACAGAACUACGUGCGGGUGGUGGAAGUGUGGUGGGACGACUACCGGGACUACUUCUACGCGAGUCGCCCGGAGACUCAGGCACUGCCCUACGGAGACGUGUCGGCGCUGCACCGAUUCCGGCGCGAGCACAACUGCAAGAGCUUCAGCUGGUUCAUGGAGAACAUCGCCUACGACGUGCUGCAGUUCUACCCACUGCCGCCCAAGAACGUCGACUGGGGAGAGAUCCGUGGCAAGAAGAGCAACUUCUGCAUCGACAGCAUGGGCCACAACAACGGCGGGCUCGUGGAGCUGGGGCCCUGCCACGGCCUCGGUGGCAACCAGCUGUUUCGCCUCAACGACAUGAACCAGCUGAUGCAGCACGACCAGUGCCUGACGCAGGGCGGCAAGGAGGGCACCGGCGUCACCAUCAUGCACUGCGACCGCACCGAGUUCAACGACUGGAGCUUCCGCAUGGGAGAGGGAAGAUUUGUCCACAGCCCCUCCGGGAGGUGCCUCGACCGCUCCGAGACGCUGCAGCAGGUGUUCCUGGCACUCUGCAACCCGACCAGCCUGAACCAGCGCUGGGAAAUCAACCACAUCAAGUUCUGAGAAGCACUCGUGAGAGACGAACACAAACAAGCCUGCACACAAAAAAAGAUAGACAAGCGAGCCUCAUGGCCGACCGAGGAGUCCUGGGAAAGUUGUGACGAGGCAAGCGUGCGGAUCGCCCGGCUUGCACGACGGUGUAGGUCCGAACCGUCAGGCACUCCGUCACCUCUCCCAGGUGCUGCGAUGUCAACGGAGUUCAGAAAUUUGAAUUCCUGAAAGUGAGCAAACGAGCCUCUUUUUUUUAUAUAUAUAAAAGAAAAAUACUUUGCCCGAUGGAAAAUGUAACGGAGGUGUUGCCACACGGACGCACGAACUCUUACUUAUGAAGUCGACAAUCUCCACGCCUGCGUCAAGACGAAAGGACGUGUUGUGACCGUGCGAGAUGGAAUUGACCGUAAAAUACAAUCACCAUUGCACAUGUACACGUACAGCCCUUCAUAGGUCCACUGCUGCAUGAUGGCCCCCCCAUGCCAUGUGGGUUAUUUGACGAUACAUGGUACCUACCGACUGCAAGGAUGCAUUUUAUCGAGGAUUGUACAUGGUGUCCGAUCAAGCUCGCCGAUUUUGUGCAGUUAACAACUUAAAUGCCACACACACCAUACCUGAGGAAAACAAUGCAUGGUGCAGUAUUCACUUGAGCAGAAAGAUACAAAAUCUGGUUUAAUUUCAGCUUCAUAUUCUUGGAUCACCAGGCGAAGUCACUUUGAAUUAACACAAAUAUGCAAACUGUUGCGUCAUCAUUGUACACAUUUGGAGAAGACACUAAUAUAUAAAAUAUAAUACCAAAAAAUAGGGUUUUUUUAUAUUCAGUUGCAAAUUCGACCGGUGUGAAGAUAGUUUUAGAAUUAUAAUUUUAGUAAGAUGGACCUUCCAAUUCAUGAAAACUGCAAACAUGUAUAAAAUCAUAUCACAAAUUGCAAAAUACAAUAUAUUAUUAUCACCUCACAAGAUCAGAUUUUCAGUAAGGUAUUUGUUUUGUGCAUUUGUUUUGGAAGUGCCUGCAAAAUGUUUCCAGCCUCGCAAAGACAAACGGGAUGCGUACAAAGUUCAAACUGGUCACGGUGGCCACACACAGGGUUGCUUAAAUCAACUGCAAAUCAAGUGCGGGGAGCACAAUCUUAGCUGGAACUAAAAAAAUCUGCAGUCCAAGUAACUAUGCUCACCAAACAUGCGUGCAAGCAGUACUUUGAACCAAUACUUUUCUUUUUCAAAACGUCAAAAGUUGUCGUUCCCGAUAACGCAAAGUUUUUGAUAAGCACACGAGCUUGAAUUAUUUAUCACUCUCCAGAAAGGUUAAAUGCUAACAUGCAACGACGAAUAUUUCUGUCACAUCGUAACGUAGGGCCCAAUGCCGAGCACCUUUUCUCAUUAGACAAUGCAACGUCAACAGCUUCCCACAACUUAUUGUGAAGACACUGAUAACGGUUCAGAAUGAAUCGUGAGAACGUGCCAAUUUCAUGGUACUGUUGUAUAUGCAAGAACGUGUUGCAAUUGUACUUGGGUUUUGUUAAAGAUUUCAACAUUUCGUAGGACUUAAAAAAUGGUAGUGCCAGAUGGAAUUGUUGGGUUAUUAAAUUUCCUUAGUCUCCCAUCAGUAAAACCCAUAGCAAUGAGAAGUUUAUUUGGUAACAUUCGGUUUUCAUUCUCCCAACUACAUAAAUAGAAGUGCAAUGCUGAGAUGCUAGUGCCUUCUAAAAAAGGCACAUUAAGGUCAUGUUCCCCUCGAAGUUACAGCUCUCCAGGUUAAUGUUGGCAUACCAAAGCUUUACACAGCAUACCUAAACCCUGUCAAUCCUUUUCUGCGUUAUGAGAAAUAACCAUGAUUUGCAUAAAAGCACACUGAACAUUGAGAGUUUGAAACGUCUGUAUGUUGCAUCAUUUGUAAAGUAUUUUAUCAUUAAAAGUAAAUUUCCUUGA